AUGUCUCCUGAGCAGUUUGAGGUGUACGAAGAACUGGGCCGUGGAGCAUUCGGCGUGGUUUACCGCGCGUUUGACAAGGUCUCCAGGAAGAUGGUGGCCAUCAAGCAGGUAGAUUUGGAGAGCGCAGAUGAACUGAACGAGAUCCAGCAGGAAAUCAAGAUCCUGUCUACGUGCCAGCACGCGAACAUCACUCGCUACUAUGGCUGUUUUCUUAAGGGAUACAAGCUGUGGAUCAUUAUGGAGUUUUUGGGUGGUGGAUCGUGCUCAGAACUGCUCAUUUCGGGGCCUUUUGGAGAAAAAGCUAUUAGCUACAUUUUGCACGAGCUGCUACAUGCUCUUGUGUAUUUACACGAAAACGGCAAGAUCCACCGGGACUUCAAAGCCGCCAACGUGUUAUUGAGCUUGGAGGGAGACGUGAAAAUAGCAGAUUUUGGAGUCGCGACCCAAUUGUCCAAUAACAUGUCCAAAAGAAACACUUUCGUGGGCACGCCGUACUGGAUGGCUCCCGAAAUUAUUCUCCACCAGCCAUACACAUACUCUGCAGAUAUCUGGUCGCUGGGCAUUACAGCAAUUGAGCUAGCAUAUGGCAAGCCGCCCCUGUCCCAGUACCAUCCGUUUGACGUGCUGUUCAGAAUCGCAGAGGACCCUGCUCCGGAGCUGGACUCGAGUUUCAGUAAGGAGUUCAGGAGUUUUGUGAACGUUUGUUUGAAUAAAGAGUCGAAGCAAAGGCCGUCGGCUAAGGAGCUCCUCAAGCAUCCGUUUGUACUUGCUGGCGCCAAGGUUGACCGCUCAGAGAUUGUCAAGCUGAUCAAGCGCAAGCACGAAUGGGACCUUGAAACAGGCAACACCGAAAAACGCUACUAUACGCCUACCUUGGAGGAGCAGACUCCUCCUUUAUUUGACAUCACAUUAAAAGAAGAACCAGCAAGUACACUCAAGCCAGAGCCAUCCCGCAAGGUCCCAUUGUCCCCGAUAAAACGCAACUCCAGUGAGAACGAGGACCAGGAGCUGAAAAAGACUCUCAAUCGCAUACUGAACCAGUCGUUCAACAAGAUAAACGAAAAACACAACCUCUCGACCUCUCAGUACGAUCAGCUGGUGCUGUUUCAGAACACCAUGAUGGAGUCAAUCGCACUCAGCCCCGACGAACAGUACCGAGAAGUGUUUUGUAAGUACUUCAAGCUAGUGAUGAAGAAAAUAAUGACGACAGAUAACGAACAACUCAAGGACAAGCUUAUACCGAAAAACCUGGAAAAAGAACGUCCUCGGGAUGAAGUCGAGGAGCUGCUGUAUACCCGAUGGGCCGAAAGUAUGAUAGAGCGCUGGAGGAACGAACAUUAA